CACUUCUAAUUCUCCCCCAGGAGAAUUAUUUCUCCACUUUUUUUUCCUCUCACUCUCUCGGCACUCUCUCUCCUCCUCUCCUCCGAAAAACUCCCUCCUCUCUUCUCUCUUCGAUUUCAUCUACCUAGGAGUGAUUCCGGACAAGGCCCGAGAAUUAAAGUUGCUAUACGAAGCAUGGGCUUUCCGAAUAUCCAAGAAAAAUCACGAUCGGACCACGUGGGAGCUCGGUUGACUUAGUCAAAGGUUCGGGUUUUGCUCAAAACCCAUGAGUCUGAGCUCUGCCAGUUAUGUUUCUUCGUCAAGUGGCCGUGGCAUUGCCUCUAUCAAGGAGGUUCUUAAGCAGUAAAAGCAGCCAUGAAUUUACUAGUGCAAUAGCGGAGCUCAAUAAGGUAUCCUACAUACAUUGUUUUUCCUCAUCUUGGCACAGAAAUUAUUCGAAUGGGUAAUGGGUUUUGCAAGUAAGAGCUGAAUAAGAGUUAAGACACAAUGGUGUUGUAAGUAUGUCACUAGAGGAUUUGGUUCACGGGGAUGUAGUUGAUGCUUCAUUUGUUGUUUGCACUGUUAGAUAUGUCCACUGAUUGGGUAGCAAGAGCAGUGCUAUAGAUACAUCUUUUUUGUAUGUAAUAAUUUUAGUAUGUGUUAUUUUUUAUUUACUUGUUAUGAUUAGAGAUACGUUGUUGUAGUUGGAGGGAAAUCCGGUGCUCUGCAUUGUAUUCAGUAGCUAGCCACGGGCUAAUUCUAUUUCUCAUCAGUUUGCAAUUGAGGCUUGCAUUUAGAAAGGAGUACGCAUGAAUCAAUUAUUAGCAGAAUGUCCACCUGUCGGACUGUUUUUCCAUCAUCUCUCCUAAAACCAAUUGGUGUUAGGAAGGAUUUCAAUUGAGUCUUUUAUGGCAUUCGACUUCGCACCUGCAAGUCUAUUUGUAGAGCAGCCGCAGGGAGUGGCAUUGUGUAACCAAAUCUGGGGGCACUAUGGGCCCAACAAUCCCUCCCUCACGAUGACGCUCCCGCAACUCGAACUCAUGACUUUCUGGCUUUAAUACCACUUGUCGGACAUCUUUUCCACCAUCUCUCCUAAAACCAAUUGGUGUUAGGAACAGUUUCAAGUAAGUUUUUUAUGACAUUCGACUUCAUACCUGCAAGUCUGUUUUUAGAGCGGUCGCAGGGGCCAGGGAAUGGCAUUGUGUAACCAAAUCAUGGGGGCACUCUGGGCCCAUCACCACCCAUUCUCCUUUUUCCUUCAAAGACCUAUUUAAAUGGUUUAUGCAUGCAUUCGAAUGGAGACACUGAUGGAGCUUCUCCUCAUCCUCUUUCUCUAUAGAGUUUUUAGUUUCACGUUUUCCUACUUGUUGAUGUUAUAAUGCUUCAUGUCACAAGGAUCUGAUGGGUUUCUUAACAUGUUGGUUGUGGUUUAUAAGCAUACAACCCUCCUCAUUUCUACGAGCUUGGGAUUGACUGUGUGAUAGAUAAGACUUAAAGCAUGAAACAGACACAGUUGUAAAUGUUACAAGGCUACAAGGAUUUUGAGUGUUAGGCAAUUAUAGGUUUGUGAGAUUUGCUUUGCUGCACGGACGCAGCCUUGAAAGUUGUAUCAUAGGGAAAGAACACCAGUCCGGUGCAGAAGGGAUGUAUCGUUCCUAGCGCGGUUUCAAGUGCUUUGACCACCCCAACAUGAUUUCCUAAUGGUUUCUCUAUGAAUACUAUGGGUUGAUUAUAUUGUUAACUAUUAUUGUUAUGUUGAGCUUUCUAAAAGAAAAUCCUAUAUCGCGAAAAGAAGAAAAAUUUUCCAACUCAACAUUCAUAUAGCUCAUAGGGUUCCGAAUAGAUGCAAUGGGUGUGGGCUCCUCCUACAAAAUGUCUGGCUAAAACUAAAUUUGUUGCAAUGAGCAGUGUCUAAUUGUUGCUUUUAAGUGAUAUUGCUCCAAUGCUCCAAAUGCUAUUUCUUCAGUUCUCUUCACAAAAAAUUUCAAGUGUUCCAUGAUGUACGUGCGGUUUUGUGUGUGUCUGUGUGUGUGUGUGUGUGUGUGAGAGAGAGAGAGAGAGAGAGAGAGAGGCUAUGGCCAAAAUUUAGCUAUAGCUAAAAAGGUUUAGUUAUACCGACAUUCGCAGCUUGUUUAGCUCAUCCUUCACCGACUGUGGAGCUUGAGUAGCUCUUGGAUGGCAGUUAAAUCUAAGUGUUGGAGGGUCCGCUCCUUUUGUUGCAUUAUUACUGGUAACAGCACACUGCAUCGUUGGACGUCCAGUUACUGGGAAAGUUUUUGUUAAAUUAGUGGUGCAUUCAUUGCUUUGUAUAAUGUGGACAGUCCACGGCCCAAUGCAAUAGUAAGGCUUGUGUACAAAGGGAGCUGUCAAAAGAAAACAAAUUUAAGGGAAAAAACUGAUGAUACGUUUGAUUUGAGUAUAGGGUUGAGGGUCAAAUCCAAUUGUAGUCUCUUUGCUUACUUCACUUGCAGGCUAGUUGUGGCUCCUCUAGACUUGUUUGUUUACUCUCUAUUAUUGUGAAGAAAAAUGCUCUCAUUUUCUUUGUUAACAGCUCUGAUCAAUAAAGGAGAUCUUGCUAAUAUUGGGUGACAUGUUCCUCACAGUUUGGGUGACUAGAGAAAAACCAAAUCCAGCAUAAUUUAAAUCUAGACUCAUGUCAGAGAAGAUUCUGGUCAAUUUAAUCAUGUCACCCUGCAUUAGACAUUAUUUGUAUUCUUGUCCCUCAAUCAAUAGCUAUGGAUGCAUUCAACCUCCUUGGAUACAGGAGAUGGAAUCUGUAUUUGGUGAACCUCCUUCAACUACUCUCGCCAGCUCUAGCAGCGACCAGUUUAAUUUUCAAGAUUCUCAAUCUGUAUCUCCAAAAGUAGCGGAUAAUGAAUUUAGCUUGACCCACAUCGGCGAUGCUGGUGAAGCCCAAAUGGUGGAUAUCUCUUCAAAAGAAAUUAGCAAGAGAGUAGCCAUUGCCAGUUGUAAAGUUAUACUGGGCCAAAAAGUGUUUGAUUUGAUCUCAGCCAACCAGAUGGCAAAGGGGGAUGUUCUGAGUGUGGCAAAAAUUGCAGGAAUAAGUGGAGCAAAGCACACAAGCAACCUCAUCCCACUAUGCCACAACAUCAACUUGACUCACGUUCGUGUUGAUCUGAAAUUGAAUUCAAUGGAUUAUAGUCUUGAUAUAGAAGGGGAAGCUGCUUCAACCGGGAAAACUGGUGUGGAAAUGGAAGCAAUGACAGCGGUGACUGUUGCGGGUCUGACAGUAUAUGAUAUGUGCAAGGCUGCUUCAAAGGAUAUUCAGAUUACAGAUGUAAGGCUUGUACGCAAAACUGGAGGGAAAUGUGGGGAUUGGUCCAGAGAGAAAUGAUUAUGGAAUAGAGUGGGGUCGAAAUCCCAACUUGAAUGGCAUAAAGGUUGGUGCCUUAGUUUGCAUUUUGUGCUAUACUUAAGCUAGAACUUCCAAAUUAUGAGAGUUGGGAGGAUAACUGCUUUAUUUUAGAUGUUCAUGCUGAAAUGAAAUGAAGUGUUAGCUUGUAGUUCUUUUUAGCUUUGGGUCGUAUUAUGGAGUAUAUCAAAGUUACUCUUCAGAGAGCAACCAAUAAUUCUUCCAAAUCC